AUUUAGUCAUUGGGACCCCAAAGUAUCGCGAAAGUCGCUGUCGUCUCAAUCAACCCCUAUAGAGUCUAAAAUUGUUCUUGCUCAGUGUUCAGAAAGUCACUUCCUAAAAUCAGUGCAUUAUUCGUGCUUUUCUGAGCAGUGAUCUUAUACUUAUUGUGAUCUAUAAAAAUUAUCUUAAAAAUUAUACCACUGUAAACGGUUAUCUUUUGGUGGAAUCCAAUAAAUUUAUGUGUUUUAAGCAAAAAUCACUCAUAGAACAUGUUAAUUUUAUUUAAAAAAUAAUGUUGUGAGAUCAAACGAUAAGUGAUCUCUUUUUCAAAAAUUUAACGUUGCAAAACAAAGCUGAUUUUAAUAAUUUCUAAACAGCAUUGAAAAUCUUAAGAGGUUUUGUGGUUGAUCUUAAUAUUUUUUAUUCAGUUCUCUUGAUUAUUUCAAGAAAUAAUUUGUUGUUGCUUUUGUGUUCUUAAAAUUUUUUCAAUAUUUAUUUUAGAAUUUUUUUAAAUUGUAAGGCUAUAUAUGUUUUAAGACAAACCGUGAUCUUUCUACACUUUAAAACAAUAAUAAUAAAUUGUGAGUGAAUAUAAAAGGCCUCAAGAUGAUGGAACUAUUUAAAUUUGACACCAACAAUUCAAAUUUUGCAAAAAAUAGCAUUGUCGCAUUUAUUUGCAUAGCAUUAUCAUUUGGGAUUUUUCUGUACGAUCCCCUGCAAAUCUUUAUAGAUGUUCAAUUGAAUCUUUCUGAGAAUUCCUUUCUCUUCUGGCUCUUCAAAAAUCCACCCAUUGGGGUAUACGUAAGUGUCUAUUUGUUCAACAUAACCAAUGCUGAAGCAUUUAUAAGUGGUCAAGAUGACAAAUUGCGCCUUGAUCAAGUGGGUCCUUUCGUCAUUGAGGAACGCCUCAUCCACGUCAAUUGCACGUACAACGCCAACAACACCCUCACCUACACUCCAGUGAGAACCACCAGAAUGAGAGAGGAUCUAUCUGUGGCCAAUGCCUCAGAAGUUGUUUUGCAGUUUCCUAACAUUGUAGCCCUUGGAGUAUCAGCUGCAGCAGCCGAAAUGUCCUUUUUGUCUAGUCUGGCUGUGAGUUCUGUUUUAAAGUCUUUCAAGGCCGAACCUGUGAUCAAUCUUACAGCUCAUGAUUUUAUGUGGGGCUAUGAAGAUCCUUUGGUUUCCAUUGCAUCGACCCUGAUUCCAAGCUUUAUACCAUUCAACAAAAUUGGUCUAGUGGAUCGAUUGACUUCACAAGGAGUAGAUGUUGUCGUUAUAAAUCUCCCCAAAAAAGCAACAGUAGAAUCUUCCGCAAAUUUAACCGAAGCCAAUAGUAACUCAGCUCUCCCUAAACCAAGAGACUAUUCAAUUGACAUGUUUAACGGAAGUCCAGGACUUGCUCACUGGGGAUAUCGUAAUGAGGCUGGAUUUGAAAAUGAAAACACCGAAUGUAACACCCUCAGGGGUACUUACGAUGGUGGUAUAUUUCCAAAGAAAUUCAAGAAGAAUGAGCAGUUUAAUGUUUUCCGGAAGGCUUUCUGUCGGAAGAUGAAGAUUGAGUACGUUAAUUCAAAUCGAUUAGGAUUUCUCCCAUCUUCAUGGUUCCAAUUGGCUAAUGAUGCCUUUUACAGUAGCCAUGAUGAUCCAGAUUCGGAGUGCUACUGCAGGGAGAAACAGUGCUUGAAAAAGGGCUUGGGAGACAUUAGUCCAUGUUAUUACAAUAUUCCUCUUGCUGUCUCAAUGCCGCAUUUUUACAAUUCUGAUCCCACUCUACUGGACCGGAUUGAGGGAUUGUCUCCUGAAAAAGAGAAGCAUGAAUCUAUUCUUGCAAUUCAACCCCAACUUGGGGUGGCUAUGAAGGCUACGAUGAGGGUACAACUUAACUUGAUCAUCGGUCAGACCAAAUUCAAUUCUCGGAUAAGUCCUUUCAAUAACAUGGCUGUUCCUAUUUUAUGGGUGGAAGUAUCUAUGGAUGAAUAUCCAUUUUAUCUGAAGGCUGUUUUGACGAUUUUUCUGGUUUUCCUGCCACCUGUACAAACAAUUUUAGCUUAUGUUUUAAUGAUUGUGGGCAUAUCAAUUAUCAUCGCAAGUGCUUUUAAUUGCAUUAUAAAUGCAAAAUCUUACUACGAGGAUAAGAAAAAAAUUCGAUAUUCAUCAGCCAGUGUAAUGCCAUUCCUGCACCAGUCAAAGAAGGUCGAUCGAGACAUCGACAACAACUUACUGGAAAAGCUCCACAGUAUAGAGACUCAUGAUUAAGUUGAGAGAAUAGCUCAAAGAGCUAUUUGAUAUCACCAACGAUUUUUGAUACACAUAUUCUUUAAAAACUUGUAAGACUGUGAUAUGGGUUAUAUCAGGGGAAAACAUUUCUUACUAUAUUUAACUUUUUUAUACAAUUUAAUGGAUAAAGGUUUUGUUCCAUUGUUAGGCCUCUUAUUGUGGUUUAGAUGUAAGAUACACUCUCUUUUAUUUUUAAUUUAUUACUGACUAGAUAAUAUUUGUAACUCAGUGUUUAAGAGUUCAUAAAGUCCUAUUAAUGUG